AUGAGUAGCCGGGUCCGCUUCCUCUUCACCCUCGCCGCAGCCUCCCUCCUCGUCGCUUCACUCCACCGCCGCGCGCCGCCUCCCGGGCUUCCGGCCAAGCUCGUCCCCUCCUCCCACAUGGCGGGACGCAACCGGAGCUUCGUGCUGUGGCUGCACGGCCUCGGCGACUCCGACCCGGCCAACGAGCCCAUCCGCAACCUCUUCUCCGCGACGGAGUUCCGCCUCGCCAGGUGGUCGUUCCCCUCCGCUCCCCGCGCCCCCGUCUCCUGCAACACUGAUAAGGAGAACCCCCCCCCGGCAAAUGGUUUUGUGAUGCCGUCGUGGUUCGAUAUCCACGAGCUUCCCAUGAGCGGUGGCUCUCCGCAAGAUGAGGCUGGGGUUCUCAAGGCUGUGGAAAAGGUGCACGCCAUGAUAGACAGGGAAGUAGCCGACGGCAUCCACCCUGAGAACAUAUUUGUUUGUGGAUUUAGUCAAGGAGGUGCUCUAACAUUAGCUAGCGUUUUGCUUUAUCCGAAGAAGUUAGGUGGAGGAGCAGUGUUCAGUGGGUGGGUGCCUUUCAGCUCAUCAGUCACGGAGAAGAUUUCACCUGAAGCAAGGAAGACCCCAUUUCUUUGGUCACAUGGAAUGGCUGACAAAGUAGUAUUGUUUGAAGCUGGUCAAGCUGGUCCACCAUUUUUGCAAAGUGUGGGUGCUAACUGUGAAUUCAAGGCAUAUCCAGAUCUGGGUCAUUCCCUUUCCAAAGAAGAGCUACUUUAUCUUGAGUCAUGGUUCAAGAGUCGUCUAAAUGCCUCUCAAGAGAAGGACGGUUAA